AUAACAGAGGCAGAGGCAGAGUAGGGUAAGAGAAGAAGAAGCAGCAGCAGCAGCAGCUAGGCCAACAAAGCCGAGCCAAGGCGGUACACAGCAGCUGGCAGCACAUAGAUAGCUAGAUAGCCAUGGCGAAGAGGCCAGUAGAGGAAGCGCUCCUCGCAGCGGCCGGUGAGCCCGAGGAGGAAGAGAUCCUGAGCGUGCGUGAGGAGCUGAAGAAGCAGCUAUGGCUGGCUGGGCCCAUGAUCGGCGGCGCGCUGUUGCAGAACGUGAUCCAGAUGAUCUCCGUCAUGUACGUGGGACACCUUGGGGAGCUGCCCCUCGCCGGCGCCUCCAUGGCUAACUCCUUCGCCACCGUCACCGGCCUCAGCCUGCUGCUAGGCAUGGCAAGCGCUCUCGACACACUGUGCGGCCAAGCUUUCGGCGCCAGGCAGUACUAUCUCCUAGGCAUCUACAAGCAGCGCGCCAUGUUCCUUCUCACCCUCGUCAGCCUCCCUCUUGCUGUCGUCUGGUUCUACACCGGCGAGAUCCUCCUCCUGUUCGGCCAGGACGCGGACAUCGCCGCGGAGGCCGGCACCUACGCCCGGUGGAUGAUCCCGCUGCUCUUCGCCUACGGCCUGCUGCAGUGCCACGUCCGGUUCCUGCAGACGCAGAACAUCGUGGUGCCCGUGAUGGCGAGCGCCGGCGCGACGGCCGCGUGCCACCUGGUGGUGUGCUGGGUGCUGGUGUACCCGCUCGGCAUGGGCAGCAAGGGCGCGGCGCUUAGCAACGCCGUCUCGUACUGGGUCAAUGUGGCCAUUCUGGCCGUGUACGUGAGGGUUUCCAGCGCGUGCAAGGAGACGUGGACCGGCUUCUCCACGGAGGCCUUCCAUGACGCGCUCAGCUUCUUCAGGCUCGCGAUCCCGUCGGCUCUCAUGGUCUGCUUGGAAAUGUGGUCGUUUGAACUCAUCGUGCUCCUUUCGGGCCUUCUUCCCAACCCACAAUUGGAGACAUCCGUGCUAUCGAUCAGCCUCAACACUGCUACCAUCGUGUGGAUGAUCCCCUUUGGGCUUGGCUCUGCUAUCAGCACUCGCGUGUCCAAUGAGCUGGGUGCAGGGCGGCCACAAGCCGCUCGCCUUGCGGUACGUGUCGUGGUCUUACUGGCUGUCUCCGAAGGGCUGGCCGUGGGUCUCAUCCUGGUCUGCGUGCGCUACAUCUGGGGGCAUGCUUACAGCAACGUCGAGGAGGUCGUCACCUACGUGGCAAAGAUGAUGCUGGUCAUUGCAGUCUCCAACUUUUUCGAUGGGAUCCAGUGCGUUCUUUCAGGCGUGGCUAGAGGCUGUGGAUGGCAGAAGAUUGGUGCCUGCAUUAACCUUGGCGCCUACUAUAUCGUUGGCAUCCCGUCUGCAUACCUCUUUGCUUUCGUCAUGCGUGUUGGUGGGACGGGUCUUUGGUUGGGCAUCAUAUGUGGCCUCAUGGUACAGGUCCUUCUGCUCAUGAUCAUCACAGUCUGUACCAACUGGGAUAACGAGGCAACGAAGGCUAAGAGCAGAGUGUUCAGUUCUUCCUCUCCCGCAUCCCAAACGUGAAAUAUUUCGGUGGUGAAGCCAACUGCAAACCAACUUGGAAGCCAACUGCUGGUGGUCCAGUACUGCAUGAUUAGCAUUGCCACUUGUAAUCUUGAUUUUGAUACAUAAAUGUGUCCCUUGAUUCAUACAACAUAUCAUCACUAGUACAUAGGUGGGCUUCAAUCUCAGUUGAGAAACCCCAAUUAGUUUCGGCACUUUCCUUUUAAAUUAACCUGUGGAAGACCUUUAUUCUUGGAUGGGAGACCUUUAGUCUAGGUUUGUCAUACAACCGGGAGUAAAUUAACCUACUGCAAAGUUCUAGCUUGCUUAUGCAAUAGCGUAGCGUAUAUAUGCCACCUUUGUCAUCCAAAUGGCCGCAUCCAAUGAAGGCCUUGUUUACUUCCGAUUUUUUUUUAUUUGGGUACUAUAACACUU